AUGGCCGUCUCCCUCGCUGUCUUUGGAAUCUUCGCAGUGGUUCCAGCUGCAGCUGCGACCUGCAGCGGCAAUGAUGUCAACAUUUGGUCGACGAAAGGCUCUGCAGCCUUCUCGGACGAUAUGGAGACAUGUGGACGCCAAUGUGCUUUGUCGUCAACCGAAUGUGCAAGUGAAUGUGUCCAGAAAAGGGAGGGUUACACUUCCUCUUGCGCAAGCUGCUUCGGUGGUGUGUUCGGGUGCACCCGAGAGCACUGCAAACUGAAGUGCAUCAGUGGGCAGACUCCAGCAUGCAAACAGUGCGUGAAGGAUGCAGGCUGCGCCGCCAGCUUCAGCACUUGCAGUGGCUUCACCCCACCCAGCACUGCGUCUGUGGCUACCAGGGCUACCAACUGCACUGGUGCUGCAGAUCCACAGGCGAACGUUUGCUACGAGGGUUCAGCCAAGGAGCUGGCGUUCAAAGAGACCGUCCAUGUGAAGGUCGAGUCUUUCAAGAAUGGACAGGGCGUCAUGGAUCUCAAUGGGUCUGGUGCUAAAAGGAUCAAUUGCCUCGGCAAGCAAUUCACCAAACAUGGGCAAGAGAUCACCACAGAUCUCAGUGACUGCAGCCCUGCUUUGCUGAAAUUGUCGGAUGUAAAGUACUGCUCCAAUCAGGACAUGGUGAUGGUGACUGCUAGUGUUGCAGGAUUUUCUGAACAUCUUUCAUUGAGCAAAGUGGCUUGCGAGGCAGAGAUGAUUGUAUGA